GAGUAGGCGGAGAGGAGCCGGCGGGCGCGCUGGCCCCGCGGAGCUGGGCGGCCGGCGUCGUCCUGCGCGCCCCGCGCCGCUCCCCGCGCCCCGCCAUGCCGCCCGCCGGGCUCCGCGGGGCCGCGCCGCUCGCCGCGAUCGCGCUCCUGGUGCUGGGGGCGCCCCUGGCGCUGGCCGGCGAGGACUGCCUGUGGUACCUGGACCGGAAUGGCUCCUGGCAUCCGGGCUUCAACUGCGAGUUCUUCACCUUCUGCUGCGGGACCUGCUACCAUCGGUACUGCUGCCGGGACCUGACCUUGCUUAUCACCGAGAGGCAGCAGAAACACUGCCUGGCCUUCAGUCCCAAGACCAUAGCGGGCAUCGCCUCCGCCGUGAUCCUCUUCGUGGCCGUGGUUGCCACCACCAUCUGCUGCUUCCUCUGUUCCUGCUGCUACCUGUACCGCCGGCGCCAGCAGCUGCAGAGCCCAUUUGAAGGCCAGGAGAUCCCAAUGACAGGCAUCCCAGUGCAGCCGGUGUACCCGUACCCCCAGGACCCCAAAGCUGGCCCUGCAGCCCCACAGCCUGGCUUCAUGUACCCACCUAGUGGUCCUGCACCCCAGUAUCCACUCUACCCGGCGGGGCCCCCUGUCUACAACCCUGCAGCUCCUCCCCCAUAUAUGCCACCCCAGCCCUCCUACCCGGGAGCCUGAGCAACCAGCUGCGUCUCUGCCGUCCCUCAGGGAUGCCCCCUCCUGAACCUUCAUGCGGCCCGGGGGUGGGCAGGGUCCUCUGCUUGCCAGGCCCCAGACCAAGCCACGCCCUGAGACCUUCUGGGAGCAGAGCCCCAGGGAGAGCAACAGGAGCUGAGCUGGAACUUGGCCGUGAAUGAGGGGUGGGUGGGGAGGGCCUGGGAUGCGUGGACUAUUUUUAUCCGGGGCAGGGGAAGGACAGGAAAGCCUGGGUCACAGCCCCUGCUUUCUUUUAGUCCCUUCUCCUCCCAGGACGCCAGCCGGGAAGGCUGGGCCGCUCCUGUUUGCCCGCCGUGGGCUGAGGGGGGCUCCACCGGCCGUGGGCAGAAGCCCUCCUGCUGGCGCCCCCACGGGCCGUGCCCCGGCUGCUGGAUUAAAGCUGUAAUGACAUGUCA